CGGAAGUUAGGUUAGCAAGAUGGAGGCGCGCAGUGGUGGCGCUAAGGCAAUGGAGCAAAGAGAAGCGGCGGUUAUGGCCGCCGCUGCCUUUUCCGACGAGGAAGAAAGCGACGAGGCCCCAGAGGAAGUGACUUUCGAGAGGGCGCGGGAAGCCGCUGCGGAGGAGCGCCGGUUGGCGGGGGAGCGGGCCCGCAGAGAAAAGGCCACAUUGAAAGAAAAGAGACGACAUAGAGAAGAACUAUUUAAGGAACAAAAGAAAAGAAAGCUGCUUCCUGAAAAUGUCUUGGAGGAGUUAGCAUCCACACAGAACAGCACCAAUUCGACAUCUGAGGAACAAGAUCAGAAUGUUGAAGAUGAAGUUGAAAAUGAAGAAGAUUCAGAAAAAGACAGUGAAGAAGAAAUGUUGGCAACCAGAUGCCCUCCAAAUUACAUGGCUGUACGGUUAGAAGACCAGGAGCUAACCAAUCGACAGCAACAGGAUGCCAAAGACUUUAUACAGAACCAUCUUUAUGGAGCAAGCGGCAAUCGAACUACUGCAAAUCAAUAUUUUUCUGUUGAAAACAAGAAAAAUGCAGUUAAAAAAGCUGCAAUCCAGUUUGUGAAUAAAUCUUGGGGUAAAGUAAAAAAAGAAAAAGCUACUCGGUUUACAAAACAUUGGGUAUCUUCAAAAUUAAUUCCCUGAAAUAUUUUGCUGUUUAUGUACAAUAUCAUUGCAAAUAUCUUGUAUUUGAGUUGUAUAAUGUCCUUGCUAUUGUUUUAUAGAGUGUUAACAUUUUUAUGAUUUAUGUUUUCUUUUAAAUCUUUACAGAGAAUUAAAAAGUAAUUCUCUGGAAAAUAAUUAGGGUCUUGCAAUGGUAUGUUCCAACUAAAAGUAAUUUUAUCUGGGUCUUUUGAAUUCAGUUGAAUUAAGUUUUGAUUGAAUGAGAAAUCAGUUUCUUAAAUAUUUUGAUACUCUUGUUGCUAAAAUGCUGUCACACAUCUGUAAAUUGACUUAUUCAUUACAUGUUUUUUGGAAGUACAUUCCAGCUGUAAAAAGAAGAUAUAUCUUGAAAUAAUUUAUAUAUAUAGGUUUGCAAAUAUGGGAAAUAUUAAAUAAAACAUAAAACACUGAA